AUGGCUGAAGCUCCUGCUUCUACUGGAAAGCAAACCAAACGGCCAAUUACCCGCCAAAAGAGGUGGUCACAAAAGGUCAAAACUGGUUGCAUCACCUGCAGAUCAAGACGAGUCAAGUGUGAUGAGUCCAAACCGGUCUGCAAGAGAUGCCUCAAGGGGAAUUUCCAGUGCCAUGGCUACGCGCCAGGUCGCAACAGCGCUGCCACUGCCACGGAGCUGCGGCCGCUGGUAGCACGCCCAUCCCUCCAACUAUCUUCGUCUCCACAGCUCAAUGGCUCUUCUGACGUGAGAGAUCUGAUACUCCUUAUUCAUGAGAUUUCUACUAUAACAGAGGACCACAUUGCACCGUUUACGCCAUCCAAGUACAUUCUGUAUCGUGGAAGAGGGGUUCUCUCUUACGUGGCUCAACUGCCACGCCGCGCCGGGUACAAUUCUACGCUAGAUGCAGCGCUCAAGAGUCUUUCUCAUGUCAUGAGGCUCUUUGAGAUGCGUAAAUUUACAUCAGCGCAACCGGCGUUGGAAAGACAAUGCUUAAUAUUCUAUGGCGACGCCAUAGCGCAAUUAAAAGACGACUUGGCCGAUCCGGUGCAGUGUUUGGCACCUGAGACUCUCUGCGCAGUAGAGCUUCUCUCGUUUUUCGAAUCCUUCUUCACCGACGACCCUCAGCCGACGCUCGCCCAUGCCCUAGGCGCAGCUCGGCUGAUUGAGCACCGCGGGCACAAGCGAUUCCGCACGGAUUUUGAAAAAUCGCUCUUAACAAGCCAGUUGACUAGUAUAUCAAUGCAAGCCUUUAUGCGCCACGAGGCCCCAUUCUUGGACAGCGUGGAGUGGCUGUCGGUGGUGGUUGGCGCUGAAGAGGGCCAUGAUUACGGCGCCCAUCUAGCAACGGAUCGGUCACAAGCCUGCCUCGACUACUUUGUGCAUUUUAUGCCUAUCCUCACGUUUCUGACAAGAUGCACCGUGGUGCUCGGCAUGGAGGAUAACCGUCACAAGACGGACGAGCUGGAGCAUCUGGGGGCCCAGGUUAUACUUAAGCGAAGCCUGCUUUACCGAUGGGCCGAUGCAAUGACGGUACGUUAUGGAGGGAGAGACGCUCACGAUGAAUACUGGCCGGAUCUCGAGAUGAGCCUUAUCGCACAGAUGAUUCUCUAUAACCGCCUCUGCUUUGCACUGGGCCUGCCUGGACGGUACGCCAUGGAGAAGGAAACUCUGCAAAUGUCCAACCGCUAUGCCCUCAACCAUAACCCUUCGCCAUUGACGUACCAACGCCAGGCUCUUGUCAUGUUCAUCUCAGCAUUGGCUCGCGGCACCGUGGCCACAGCAAGCGCCUGGCGCGAAGCAUCGGUCCACCGGAGUGACGGAGACGACUCGCAAUUUGGAGAUCCGAUUCCCAAAGCAGUAUACGUGCGGUGGCUACGGGCCAUAGGUGUUCAGAUUUAA